UUCAGCGCCCUGAAAGCCCGCAGAAGCCGCGCGAGCGAGGGGGACGUGCAGCGGAUCCGUGGAAGCGGGAGGCGUCUCCGCCUGUGAAUGGAUGCGGGACUGAGCGCUGCUCGACAUGGGCCGCCGCUGACAGCCCGGCAUUAGGUGGAAGCGACAGCUCUCUGGACCGAUAUUCGAGCUCACUGGAGACGCCGACGAGCCUGUUUACGCGGGACCGACUUUCUCACCGCCGAGCAGCGCUGGAAGCAGGAGCCGCUCCGUCGUUCGUUCCCCGGCACCAGCCGAGUCCAUCAGCAUUGACGCCUCUUUUCUUUGCGCCCCAGCGUUCGGAGCCAUGGGCUGCACGGUGAGCGCCGAGGAUAAGGCUGCGGCGGAGAGGUCAAAGAUGAUUGACAAGAACCUGCGAGAGGACGGCGAGAAGGCGGCCAGGGAAGUGAAGCUGCUGCUGCUAGGUGCUGGAGAAUCUGGAAAGAGCACCAUUGUGAAGCAGAUGAAAAUCAUCCAUGAAGACGGCUACUCAGAAGACGAGUGCAAGCAGUACCGCGCCGUGGUUUACAGCAACACCAUCCAGUCCAUCAUGGCCAUCGUCAAGGCCAUGGCCAACCUCAGGGUAGACUACAGCAGCCCCGCGCGAGUGGACGACGCGCAGCAGCUCUUCGCUCUGGCUGCGGCCGCUGAGGAGCAGGGCAUUCUUCCCGACGACCUGGCCAACGUGAUCCGGCGGCUGUGGGGCGACGGCGGCAUACAGAGCUGCUUCGCCAGGUCGCGAGAGUACCAGCUCAACGACUCUGCAGCAUAUUACCUGAACGACCUGGAGAGGAUAGCUAAGGCGGACUACAUCCCCACCCAGCAGGACGUGCUGCGGACCCGAGUCAAGACCACCGGCAUUGUGGAAACGCACUUCACCUUCAAGGAGCUGCACUUCAAGAUGUUUGAUGUGGGAGGCCAACGCUCAGAGAGAAAGAAGUGGAUCCACUGCUUUGAAGGAGUCACAGCCAUCAUCUUCUGUGUUGCUCUGAGCGCGUAUGACCUGGUGCUGGCUGAGGACGAAGAGAUGAAUCGAAUGCACGAGAGCAUGAAACUCUUUGACUCCAUCUGCAACAACAAGUGGUUCACCGAGACGUCCAUCAUCCUCUUUCUCAACAAGAAGGACCUGUUUGAGGAGAAGAUCACGCGCAGCCCUCUCACCAUCUGCUUCCCGGAGUACGCAGGGGCCAACAAGUUUGACGAGGCGGCCAGUUACAUUCAGACCAAGUUUGAGGACCUGAACAAGAAGAAGGACACCAAGGAAAUCUACACCCACUUCACGUGUGCCACCGACACCAAGAACGUGCAGUUCGUCUUUGACGCCGUUACUGAUGUCAUCAUUAAGAACAAUCUAAAAGACUGUGGUCUUUUCUAAAGGGACGAUGCCUGACCGACGUACGCAGACUGCAUGAGAGACUGCAACAGCCAUGUGAUGAUUACUGCUUUUCAUAAUGAAAACAAUAACAGACUUGAUUCCUAGAGUGGAAGCCGGAACCAACGCCAAUAAUCACUGAUUUGCAACCAUCACCUUCUCUGUCUGACGUGUUAUUAGUUUUAUAAAUAGAUUUCGUAUUGCUCCUGAUCGGGGGGGGGGGGUCUCACACUGUUCCUGCUGAGUAAAUAGACGUUUGACCACCUACAGUCGAGACACUGGCCCCGGAGAAUCGUUAUUUUUAAUUAGAUUGGAAAAUUGUAAAUAAGCAGAUGAAAUGAAAACAGUAAAUCAUCACGCCACAAAUAGAAAAUACAGUGGAAUGCGUGUUUUCAGCUAAUUAGCCUCCGAGGAUGAGUUCAACAAUCACUUGUUUAAUUCCUUCCGUGUCACUUAGUUCGACUUUUAUUGGACUGUUAUUUUUCCGUUCUGCUGUUGAAGCUUGGGAUCCAGUUCAACUUUUUAUACAAACCACCACGCUUACGUUGACCGACGCCGGCACUCGACGAACCUUUCGACUGCACAGAGCUUAUUUUUUAGAAGAAAACACACGAGCAUGGAGAAUGAACACAGAUGAAGGGAACGCGUUUUUGUACAAUGUUUACACAGAAUCAAUAUCCACAGUUGUACUAUAGUGCAUUGUUCUGCAUGACUGUCCAUAGAUUAGCCUGUGCUCCCCACAAACUAAAUAACAUUCCUUAAGCAACUACGUUAAAGAAACUAAACAAAUGGUUAUGUGUCACUUCUAAGAUAUUUGCAAGAUUUUUAAGUGGUUCCGUCAGUUCCUACAUGAAUUGUUCUGUACUCUUUGUUUCAUUCAGUCUUUCUACAUAUGUUUGUGCCUUGAUAUCUGUUUACACCUGUUCUUUAGAGACAUGCUAUAAUCAUAGUGUGAAUUAGGGCUAUUUUUACUCCACUUCACUUCACGUACAGUAAGCCAUGUUUCAAAAUGCCACAACACGGAGGCAAAUGCAUCAUAGUUGUUCAUUAUUAUUAAGGUAAAACUCAUUCACUUGUUCAAUGUAAAUAAAGGUUUGGUCACACUGUAA